AUGAGUGACGGCGAGGAUAUUCCCUCGACAUCCAGCGAUGAUCACAUGAGUAUUGACUCCGAUCACUUUUCGAUGGCAUUUUUCGAUCCGAUUUUUGCCUCUAAUUCUACAAAAACAGAAGAUUCUUCAGCAAAUUUUCUUGAAGAGCCCGAAGAACCGCAGCCGACUCUCGUCUCGCUGGAUUCUCUGAAGUACGGCUUUUUCGAGACUCCCACCGUCGCGGUGAUACGUCUGACUCAUCGUGGCAUCGAAGUACAUCAAAUCAUCGCCCAUCCUGAUAGCCUUGAGAUUCACUUCACUUCCAGUUGUGCGGAUGAUCGUCUCUUGAAACGCUACGGACCUUUUGAGUCGAGUCAAACCUUUCUUUGGCAUUGCCCUCUGCAGGGACUCAUUGAAGCUAAUCAAAUAGAGUUCGACGGAAAAGAGAUCAAGAUGCGCAAAUCGGAAUCGGGCUCAUGGAACCGACUCUCCUCGUCGACUUCAUCGAUUCGAAGCUCAAACUACACACCAAGUCGUAGCUAUGGAAGCAGUUUAUCGUCUUAUCGUUACACUCCUUCGUACAGCUCGGGCACAACGACUAGUUACACGACUCCAUAUGGAAGCUCGGCUGCCGCCGAUCGAUCACUGACCAGAUCAUCAACGACUCACUCUGCCACGAGUCGUUCUUUAACAAGAUCAGAUUCAUCAUCGGCUGCAGCUGGAUCAACAACGCUGCCAAGAACAAAUUCCUCUUCUGCCACGCCCACCUAUCACAGAUCUUUAUACUCAACGUCGACUGGCCCUACUGCAACGAGUCGGAGCCCUUUCUCAACCACCGUUUACACGCCAUCAAACACUUAUCAAAGAGAGUCAUCUUUCACCAGACUCGGUGAUACAUCGACAUACUCGAGAAACUCUUCCUCGACUUUGGAUAGAAGCCGCGAUUCUGGAUAUUCUGGACAAAGCUCUGCUUCCUCGGAUAACUCGAGUAUGAUCUCCGGCACGCACACUCUAUCAUCUAGAGAUCAGCUAGGCCGACCUCGAGCUUCCUCACAAAUCAUCACUUCGGGCUACAGGGGCCCCUCUGUUCGAGAGUUGAACCGUAAAGCUUCGGAACGUGCCAACCGAGAACUACAAGAGAAUGACUAUCGUGAAUGGGAAGACCGAGACAGACUUCGAGCACAAAUUGAUACUCAAAAUCGGACCCCAUCUCCAUCGAGACAUGAAUCGGGAAAAGCGAUGCUCGAAUUGGAGGAGGUGUUGAAGAAUCGAGCAGGAGCAACCUCUCCAUCUCUUCAGAUGAUGACUUCUCCACGAACAAGAGUUCCCACAUCAACAACCGGUCACCAUGUGCGAUGGGAUGAUCGUUGGGAACGGGACGCUGCGCUUGGACAACUCACCAACAAAACAAAGUAUCAGGAUGAGAUUCAAGGGCACCAUCGAGAAGUCGCUGGUUCCUCUUCGAUUAAUGGUCAUCCACUAAAAAGCGCUCUUCGAUCCUCAAACACUUUUGACACUUUUGCUUCUUCUCCAUCCCGGCAUUAUGAUCAACAAAAUGAUGAUGUCGGAGCUUCGGUAUCAAAAGCCCCUGCUGUGCCAGCUUAUCCGCCGUAUUUGCAAAAUAAUAAGGUCCCCUCAUCGAGGUCCGAACCAAUAACGAUAGAGCCACAGGGUGGACAAAACCCAGCGGCAAGUCAGAGUCCUCCCACUUCACCCACUCCUACUCGGUCCUAUCUGAAGAAAGAGAUCGUUCACCGGGAUCUCGUCACCGAAUACACGAGAAAACCGACAGCCAAGGUAUCACCAUAUGAAGAAAGCGGUCAAAUCGUGUCACCGGGAUUCACGGGAUUGAGAAAUAUUGGGAACACGUGCUUCAUGAAUGCCACUUUGCAGAUGCUCGUCAACAAUGCUGAAUUGAAAGCCUACUUCUUGCAAGAUCUCUACAAGCGAGAUGUCAACGAGCAUAACAUGCUUGGGUUUGGAGGACGUUUGGCCAACGCGUUUGCUCAAUUCAUGCGGCAAAUGUGGUCGUGCACAAAUCGCGCGGUUGAACCAGUCAAAAUCAAGGAAUUAGUGGCCGAAAAGGCGUCGCAAUUUGCCAAUUUCGCUCAACACGACGCCCACGAGUUUCUCUCGUUUUUGUUGGAUGGCUUGCACGAAGAUACGAAUCGAGUGAGGAGUAAAGUGGCCACAAAUACCGUUGAAGCGAAUGGACGACCUGAUAGAGAGGUUGCUGCUGAGGCUUGGAGAACAUAUUUGUUGAGAAACGAUUCGAUCUUCGUCGACUUAUUCCACGGACAGUUAAAGUCACGUCUCGAAUGCCCUCGCUGUUCAAGAGUAUCGAUCACUUUCGACCCGUUUGUCUACUUGCCAGUCCCAUUCCCAAAGAAGAAAAAGACUGUUAAGAUUCUUUUCUGGCCUCUCGAUCCAGCACUUCGUCCGAUUCGUCUUUCAAUUUCUUUCUCGCCCGAGGGAAAUGUCGCUGAUUUCCUUACAGCUGUUGGUGAACUUGUGAAACAGCCGAGUAAACACAUGCGCUUGAUUGAGAUCGUUCAACACCGAAUUCAUAAAGUGUACACAAGUGAUGAGCCGACAAAUUUGCUCAGUUCAGGGGAUACACUCUAUGUAUACCAGGUUCAUGAUCCUCAAGAUUGGAACGAGGACAUUGUUGAACUGUACGCUGUGCAGAGACAACUUUAUGCGCACUCGCUCAAAUAUGUUUGUAACGCUUGUGGAUCAACACAGGAGAAGUUGAAAAGUUGUGAGGCGUGCUACAAUGCGUGGUAUUGUGAUCAGGAUUGCCAACUGAAAGAUUGGAAUGAAGGCUCUCACCGGGGUGAAUGUGGAAAAAGAGCGACCAUUGAUUCAGUUGGUGGACCAAUCCUUGUGUCUCUUCCGCGUUCUCAUCUCACUUACGCCCAUCUCGUUCGGGUGCUCGAUGCUAGAAGCAGACAUUCAAUUCAAAUCUUUUUGCCCCCUCAGCUCAAUCGUUCUUCGUCGGAUCACUCGUGCAAUGGAGAGACGGAAAUCGAUGGAAUUCCGCCAUCAAGCAGUGGAUCAACUAUUAAUGGAGAGGCUUCAACGGACGAAUUAGGUCCGAUUACAACCACAGAUGGUAGUGCCAGUCGAAAUUCCCUAUCUCCAUCGGUCAAUGGUUCAAGUAGCGAAUUGAGAAGACAAGUAAUGCCGGCACCAAGAAAGAAGCCACCACCGUCUCUUUUUAUUGUUAAACGCCUUCGUUCACAAGCAUCCAAUGUUGGAGACACCGUCAAAGAGAACAAAGAAGGCGAUCCACUCGAUCUACCUUCUGGAUCAUAUUUAUCGGUUAAUUGGAUUAAUCUGAAGAAUGGGAAACCCUACGUUGAAGUUGAGUCAAAGAUUGCUACAGACAUCGAUGAGAAUUUGUCUAACAAAUACGCGAACGGACCAUCGGGUAGCCGCGGAGGUGACGGAGAUCCAACUCUUGAAGACAUGAUUUCAAUGUUUUCGGAGACCGAACGGCUAAAGCCUGAGGAAUCGUGGUACUGUUCUCGAUGCAAAGAUCAUGUCGAAGCGACAAAGAAACUCGAGCUCUAUCGACUCCCGCCAAUACUCAUCAUUCAAUUGAAAAGAUUUGUUUAUACAGUAUCAACAUAUGCAUCCUCCCACAGACGUUCGAAAGAUGAUCGACGAGUCGAAUAUCCGUUGACAGCCCUCGAUUUGGCACCAUAUCUGGCCGACGGGGCAGAAGUGGGACAAAACACGACCUAUGAUUUGUGCGGUGUCGUCUGCCAUUCAGGAUCCUCGUAUUUCGGUCACUAUGUCUCAGUUGGGCGAUUACCCGGGAUCGAUGGAAGAACCACACAAAUUGAAUGGAGGCAAUAUGACGAUUCGGUGGUGACGAAAUGCCCGUUACCCGAGGUGCAAAGUGAUGAAGCCUAUCUUCUUUUCUACAAACAACGCGGCUCGACGACGAGGGAUCUUUUCAGAAAUCAUUACAAUUGCGAUCCCAUCGAAGAUGAUACACCCUUUGUGGAGACGAGUCGUCUU